AUGGACCCAUGGACAGAGGCGGUCACAGAGGAGGCCACAGAGGAGGUCACAGAGGAGGUCACAGAGGACGUCACAGAGGAGGUCACAGAGGAGGUCACAGAGGAGGCCACAGAGGAGGUCACAGAGGAGGCCACAGAGGAGGUCACAGAGGAGGUCACAGAGGAGGUCACAGAGGAGGCCACAGAGGAGGUCACAGAGGAGGAAAAGAAAUCUGCAGAUCAGAGCGCUUGA